AUGGAAGAGAUGGAGCGAAGACACGGACUUGAAAGGGAGGAGGGUGCCAGACAGAUGCGAGAGCUGGAGGCUCGAGUAGGACGAGCCUCAAACCCGAACCCGAAACGAGCUAUAACACGGGUCAUGAAUGACCUGCGGAUCUCAAACACCCAGGCGAACCCUGAUGGGACCCGGACUCGGGUGAGAGGAAUUGGAAAUGUCGAAGGCCGGCCUCAAAGGAGCAUACCCAACGUGGUUCACAAUCAAGGACCCGAAGUUCAAAACAACGUCGUAGGACAACCGGAAAGGCUGGGAGAGAACCCCCAAUCUUCUGAUUGGAGACGCCCAUCCCGAAACCCAAACCCGAAUGACGUAUCCGGGGUCUAUAGGAGGAAGUAUCACAGGGGGCAACACAAUGACAGCCCCUUCGUGGACGAGAUCGUGGAUGCACCAUUUCCAGAGAACCUCAACUUAUUUGAAAUUCCAAAAUACGACGGGACGCAAGACCCCCAAGUGCAUUUGGAUGCCUUUGAUACGGCAAUGUACAUUAAGGGAAUUGAAGAGCCACUAAUAACCCGGCUAUUUGCAACCACGCUGACAGGAGCAGCUCAAUCAUGGUUUUCAUCUCUACCGGCAGGAUCCAUCAGAUCAUUUGAAGAGUUCGGAGGUAGAUUCUUGCUGAAUUUUGCUACGAGUAAAAAACAGCCGAAGUCCGAAUUUGCACUGGGAAAAAUAAAGCAACAGCCCGGUGAAACCUUGCAGAAGUAUUUGGACCGCUUCAAAAUGGCCGCCUUACAAGUUCCCGGGCUAUCUGAGAAUGUUCAUUUACAUUUGGUCAUCGCCGGCCUACACGAGUCCUCCAGGUUGGCUAAAUCCGUAUACAAAGACCCAGUCCGAACUCUAGUUGAGUUCACUGCACGGUCCAAAAAAUAUUUGGAGCUCGAACAUAUGGAGAUUGAAAACGCAAACCCAAGGCAACACCACGGCCAGAUGGAAAAACUUGGAAAUCGAAGGCAAAAUGAUUUCCGGGGUAAAAGGCCAGAAGAGAAAGUUUCAACAAAAGUAAGAUUUGACAGAUAUGCACCUCUGAAUUCGUCCAGAUCCCAAAUUUGGAGGGAGGUAGCAUCCACCGAAAUGAAAAGGGUGGAUAGGCAACGGCCAUUACUGAAUCCAGCCAGUCUGGACCAGUCUCGAUAUUUCGCGUUCCACGAUGGCCCUGGUCACACAACCGAUGAAUGCUGGGAUCUUAGAGACGCAAUUGAAAGAUAUAUCAGAGAAGGAAAGUUGCGUCAGUAUUUGAUAAGAACUCAGGGAUGGAAGAAUAAUAAGAAGAGGAGAGGACGAUUUGCCAGCCCGUCCCGGGAAAAGAAGUUCAGGGAUGAGGGCCGAGGUAAGAAGCCGGCCAAAGAAGAGGAUGAAUUCAUAGAACUUGAAUUUGAAUGCAAUGUUAUUAGCGAGGGUUUUGGUGGAGGAGGUGAUACCAUGAAUGCCAGGAAGAAGUACUUAAGAGAGGUGCUUUCAAUACGAGAGCGACCUAAGUUUAAAGAAGCCGAACCGGAAGCACCACUACUAUUUUUUACUAAGAAAGAGUUAGAGGACGUCAUGCCGGGACACGUUGACGGGUUAGUUAUCACCGGUACAUUAGUCAACUGUAAAGUCAAGAAAAUAUUUGUGGAUAACGGCAGUUGUGCCAACAUAAUUUUGUGGCAGGCAUUCCAGAAAAUGAACCUGGAUGUGGAAGAUUUGAAACCCUGCAACACGGGUUUGAUUGCAUUCAAUGGUCGUGAUAUUAUCCCUAAGGGGUACAUUGACCUGAGGCUUACCAUGGGAACAAAGGAGGCCUACAAGUCGGAAAUGGUAAGAUUCAUAGUAGCUGACUUCCCGUCGGAGUAUAACGUAAUUCUGGGAAGGCCAACUAUCCACGAUUGGGAUAUGCUGGUCUCCACCAAGCAUCAGAAGCUCAAGUUGAUCGAUAAGCAUAAAACGGUCAUCACCAUUGCUGGGGAUCAAAAAGAAUCUUGGGACAGCUAUUUUAAGUCAGUUAGAGCAGUAGGAAAUAAUCUUAAGACUCCUGCCGGGGUGAACCCCAAUAAUAAGCAGGAUAGUUCGGGGAAGAAGGGAACAACAUCGAUUAACUUGGUGGAGUUGGACAUGAGGGAUGAAACUCAGAUCCCGAGGCCGGAACCCGAUAGAGAGCUGGAGGAGGUAGUCAUUGGAGAAGAAACUCAAGCUGCCAAAAUCGGAAAGGGGCUGGCGAAUGAGGACAAAAUUUGA